AAUACUUUUUUUUUUAGCACAACAGUAUACGGUAUAGAAAAGCCAGAAACGUUGUAAAUUAAAAUUUCAUCUACUGCAAUGGAGCUCUGGAAAAGCUUCACAAUCAUCAAAACACCUCCAAAUUACCACCUUAUACUCAAUCACCGAUCCAUCAAAACACCCAUUUCUCUGUCCGCCACUCCCGAGUCGACGCACCGAGUCAGUCUCUCAGAGACUCUCCACAACGAGACCUUGAAAACCCUGGAAUGGCCCUCCGUUUGCAAACAAGUCUCCUCCUUCACUUCCACCACCAUGGGCUUCGCCGCCGCUCAAGGUGGUCGGCUUCGGCUAGGCCGAAGCCUGGAGGAGAGCCGGAAGCUUCUGGACCAAACCACCGCCGCGAUGGCCCUUCCUCAGCAGUUGGAUUUUACAGGAAUCGAGGACGUAUCGGAGAUCGUGAAUUCUUCUGUCUCCGGUGAAUUGGUCACGAUUGGAGAGCUUUGCGCGGUGAAGCGAACACUGAAGUCGGCGAGAACUUUGUACGAGCAGUUGAAAGAGGCUUCUUUGAAUGGUGAUUGUUAUGAAAGGUACUCUUCGCUGUUUGAAAUCCUCCAGAAUUGUAAUUUCCUGGUGGAGUUGGAGCAAAAAAUAGGAUGUUGUAUAGAUUGUAAUUUUUCAAAAAUCCUUGAUAGAGCCAGUGAGGACUUGGAGAUUAUUAGGUCUGAAAGAAAGAGGAACAUGGGAAAUCUAGAUUCUCUGUUGAAGAGAGUAUCAGCUCGAAUAUUUCAAGAUGGUGGCAUUGACAGACCAUUGAUAACCAAUCGCCGAUCAAGGAUGUGUGUUGGUAUUAGGGCUUCCCACAAAUCUUUGCUUCCAGAUGGUGUAGUCCUAAAUGUAAGCAGUUCUGGAGCAACAUACUUUAUGGAACCUAGAGAGGCAGUGGAGUUGAAUAACAUGGAAGUGAGGCUUUCAAACUCCGAGAAGGCUGAGGAACAAGCCAUUUUGAGCAUGCUUACAUCGGGAAUUGCAGAAGCAAAAAUAGAUAUCAAGUAUUUGUUGGAUAGAAUUAUUGAACUUGACUUGGCUUUUGCCAGAGCUGGUCAUGCUCAAUGGAUUAAUGGGGUCUGUCCAGUUUUAAGUUCAGAGAGUUGUAAGAGUUUUAAAUCUAAAAGAACUGAUCAUUCUUUAUCAGUAGACAUCGAAGGAAUACAACAUCCACUGCUUCUUGAGAUCUCUCUGAGGAGUCUGUCAGAUCUUGGUUCAUCUAAAUCUAGGAGUGCAGUUGCCUUGGAUGAGAGAAAAGGGGUGAUAAAUUCUGAAGUAUUAUCGGGCGAAUCGGAUUUUCCUGUGCCCAUUGACAUCAAAAUUGGAUGUCAAACCAGAAUAGUUGUGAUCUCAGGACCUAAUACGGGAGGCAAAACUGCAUCCAUGAAAACGCUGGGCUUGGCAUCUGUUAUGUCGAAGGCUGGUAUGUAUUUGCCUACAAAAAACCAACCAAGGGUUCCAUGGUUUGAUCUUGUUCUUGCAGAUAUUGGAGAUCACCAGUCUCUAGAACAAAGUCUCUCAACUUUUAGUGGGCACAUAUCACGGCUUUGUAAGAUUUUGGAAGUAGCCUCAAAAGAAUCGCUUGUCCUUAUUGAUGAAAUUGGAAGUGGGACUGAUCCUUCUGAAGGUGUGGCGCUUUCAGCUAGCAUCUUGCAGUAUUUCAAAGAUAGAGUUUACUUAGCUGUGGUGACUACCCAUUAUUCUGAUUUAUCUCGCCUGAAAGAAAAGGACACCCUAUUUGAAAAUGCAGCAAUGGAAUUUUCUCUGGAGACUCUACAACCUACCUAUAAGAUACUUUGGGGAAGCAUGGGUGACUCAAAUGCCUUGACUAUUGCCAAAUCAAUUGGCUUUGAUGAAAAAAUAAUUGAACGGGCACAAAUAUGGGUUGAGAGGUUGAUGCCAGAAAAGCAGCGGAAGCGGAAAGGUUUGCUAUAUCAGUCGUUAAUGGAAGAAAGAAACAAAUUAGAAUCUCAGGCAAAGCGAGCUGCAUCCCUUUAUUCGGAGAUUAUGAAUAUCUAUCAUGAGAUCCGAGAUGAGGCAGAAGAUCUUGAUGGGCGUGAGGUAGCUCUUAAGGCUAAGGAAACCCGACAGGUUGAACGAGAAUUAAGGACUGCUAAAUCUCAGAUAGAAACAAUAAUUCUGGAGUUUGAGAAUCAGCUUAGAUCUGCAAGAGCUGAUCAGUUCAAUUCACUUGUCAAGAAAGCAGAGUCUGCAAUUGCAUCCAUUGUUGAAACUCAUUGCCCUACUGAUGGUUUCUCUGUUAAAGAUGCAGAUGUCCACUCUUAUACACCACAGCUUGGUGAGCAAGUUCAUGUAAAGGGAUUAGGAAGUAAGUUGGCUACUGUAGUAGAAGUACCUGCAGAUGAUGACAAUGUCCUUGUCCAAUACGGAAAAAUCAGGGUCCGAGUGAAUAAGAGCAGUAUCAUAUGUCUUCCAAAUAGCCAAAAAAAUGCUGCAACAAGUUCUAACUCACUCUUGAAAAGGAAGGGCCAGCAAAGCAGAAAACUGAGGGACUAUUUAGAGGCCAGCAAUGGUGAAGAGGUUUCUUAUGGACUUGUGCUGCAGACAUCAAAGAACACGGUGGAUUUACGUGGCAUGCGAGUGGAGGAAGCUUCUCACCACCUCAACAUGGCUAUCGCUGCAAGAGGGUCUAAGUCAGUUAUGUUUAUAAUACAUGGCAUGGGCACUGGGGUUGUUAAGGAAUGCGCCCUUGAAAUAUUGAGAAACCAUCCCCGCAUUGCAAAGUUUGAACAGGAAAGUCCAAUGAACUAUGGUUGUACAGUUGCUUAUAUAAAGUGAAAUAUAAUUUCUUUUAGUCAGCUAAAAA